AUGUCCAGCCCCAACCUCUCCCAGUCAGGAUCCAAAGAGACCAUCAGCGAUCCGGGCUCCCAGACACCCAGCCACCAGCCAUUGCCCCCCGAGUCCGAAACCCCCGUCGACUCCGGGCAGCCGGAGCCGGACGCGGGAGGGUCCACCCUGGGGAAGUUACAGUCGCCGCCCGACCCAGACCAGGCGUCAGGUGAGGAGGACAACCCGGCGGAAGGGGAGGAGAGGACUGCCAAGACCAAGCCUGAGUACGGCCGUCACUUCUCCCUCUACAGCACCCUGUCAAAGAUGAGGGGAGCCAAGAAGUGCCCUCUGCACCCAAGGGUGAACCCCCUGCCCAAAGGGGACUUGCCUGGUCGACCACUGUCCCAGAGCAGGGCCCAAGUCUCCGACGAUGCAGCUCUGCGGCAACGCUGCCCCCGUCCGCUUCCCCUGACCCGCCACUCGCCUGAGCCCCUGGAACCAGCCAGUGCCGCGGUGCACGGCUUCACCCUGAGAACGCACGACUGGAGAAUCCGGCCGCCGCCCCCCGAGCUGGCCGACCCCGCCGCCCUGCCCUCCCCCAGCCAGGCGGUGGGUGAACAGUCCCCGCUGGAGGAGCCGGGCCUGCUGCUUCGCCUGCAGGCCGAGCGCUCGGUGCUGGGGCGGAAGGUGCCGCAGCUGUCGGAGCAGCUGCGGGUGCGGCUGUCGGAGCGCCAGGCCAAUGCGGCGCUCUACCUGCGGCUGGUGGCAGCCGCCGACGCCGCCAGGGCCCCGCGCCUCCAGCGGGCCUUCGAGCACAAGGACCGGCACCUGCGCUCGGCUGUGGGCCGGCUGCAGGCCCGGCUGGAGCAGUGCAUCCGCAGGCAGGCCGAGCUGGACCGCCACAUCGCUCUACUUCAGGCCCAGGCCCUCGGGCCGACUCCAGAGGACCGGGCCCGGGCCCUCGGGCCUACCCCGGAUUACCAGGCCCUCGGGCCUACCCCGGAGGACCGGGACCAGGCCCCGGCCCCAGGCCCGGCCAGUGACGACUCCGGCGGCCCGCUGGCCCACUCCAGCGGCAGCUCCGAGGGCCGGCCCCUCAGCUACCUCACGGUGCUGGAGGAGCUGACCGAGGUGAGGGAGGGGCAGCUGGGCCUGGAGCUCGGCCUCCAGGGCGUGGCCGGCCGCUGCAGGCAGGACUUCGCCGACCUGAAGGAGCUGCUGCGGGAGGAGUGGCGCAGGUCCAGCCAGCUGCAGGCUCAGUUGAAUGACCUGAUGGAUCUCCACCAGAACGAAGUCAUCAAUCUCAAGAGCGAUCUGGCCAGCCUGGAGGAGAAGAUCGCCUACCAAUCGUACGAGAGCAGCAGAGAUAUCUGGGAGGUGCUGGAGAGCUUCCAGAGCAAGUUGCAGCGGCUGGAGCAGCUCCAACAGGUGUCCCAGGGCGAGGGGCUGGACAGCCGCAGCACCCGUGAGCUUCUGGGCAAGUCCAUGAACCUGCUGCUGAUGGUCUUUGCCGUGGUCCUGAUGCUGAUGUCCACCCUGUCCGCCCUGGUGCUCCCCUUCAUACGCACCCGAGCGCGGACCGUCACCACCUGCACCCUGGCCCUGCUGCUGCUCUGGGUCUGGCACAACUGGGACUCCUUCAGCCUUCCGCCUGCCAGCACACUCCUCCAUCGUUGGCCUUGAGGGACACCCCCAAGUGUGGGGGGGAAGAAUGUCACGAGCUCUCACCCGGACACGGGCGAGAUGGCAGCUGAUCCAAGCAGGGAGGGUAGUGGUGGAGUGGGAAGCUGGGGGAAGAGAUGCUCUCGCCCAGGUGAGAACCAGGGUCCCUCGCCUUGUCUUGCUCGAGUGGGCAGGAGUGGGAGGCUCACAGCUGCUUGGGGGGGGGGGGUGUCAGCCCCUUCCCCACUUGGUGAGGCUCCUUCCCUGCACUCUCUCUCACCACCCAGCUGCCCGGGAGACGGGGGGCAUUCUGCGGGACCACUGACAGAACUCUGUCAAACUGACGUUGGGCGGCUCCGAACAAGGAGCGAUCUGACAAAAGCUGCAGCAACCACAGAAUUAUUUUUGUUAAUAAAAGGUUUUCUUGACUUCUUCCGGCACAGGGCGGAGCGCACUCAAUGUGGUUCAGAGCAGUGGGGGGGGGGCACACACUUUGGGAGAGCUUGUAGAUGUUCCAGUCUUCUUUACCUCCCCACCGCCCUCCGCAAUCACUCAGUCAGUCUGGGAGGGGGACUGGGUCACAACGUAUCCAAUGAUACUGCAUCUGCUGGAAAACCUGAGGUGGGAUCAGGAGACGUCGGAAAUACUCAGCAGGUCAAGCAGCAGCUGCAGGGGGAGAAACAGGACCCUCCAUCACAAUGAGCUAAACCAAGGUGGUCUGGGGUUCACCAGCCACGAUGGUACUGCAGGGCAGGCUCCUCCCAGGAGCAUUCGAAUGGGAUUGGGGUGGAGGGCUGUGGCACUCGACACAGGAUUACACUGCGGGGUGGGGGAAUGGAUGCGACAAGAGGCCAGGAUUGCCACAUGGAUAAAUCGGUGGGACACCCCAUCUUCAGCACAGGUGAA